AACGAACUGAACUGACGGAAGUAGUAGAGCUGCCAUUGUAGUUUAGGCUGUCGUGUGAUUAUAAAGUUUAAGGAAUUUUUUUUAAGUCUGUUAGAUUAUAAGGCAUAUUAUGCGAAUGUUGAGGUUACCGCACGAAAUGGACGAUGACGAGAAAGGGAAACUCUUUGUUGGGGGCCUUUCUUGGGAAACAUCUCAAGAUAAUCUUCAACGGUAUUUUCAACGAUACGGCGAAGUGAUCGAUUGCGUUGUUAUGAAAAAUGCAGAAUCUGGACGAUCUCGUGGUUUCGGUUUUGUUACAUUCGCAGACCCUCAAAAUGUACAAGUUGUGUUACAAAGUGGACCUCAUACUUUGGACGGCAGAACCAUUGAUCCCAAACCAUGCAACCCGCGAACUCUUCAGAAACCGAAGAAAGGAGGAGGUUAUCCUAAGGUAUUCUUAGGGGGUCUUCCGUCGAAUAUCACUGAAACUGAUUUACGGACGUUUUUUACUAGAUUUGGUAAAGUGAUGGAAGUUGUUAUUAUGUAUGACCAGGAAAAGAAAAAGUCCAGAGGUUUUGGUUUUCUUUCGUUUGAAGAUGAUGAUUCAGUUGAUAGAUGUGUUUCGGAGCAUUUUGUUAAUUUAAAUGGCAAGCAAGUCGAAAUUAAGAAAGCAGAACCGCGUGACGGCUCUGGGGGAAACAAAAUGGGAGGUAGUGACGGCGGAUCGUGGGGGCCGCCACAAGCGCCGAUGGGUAUGAUGCAAGGACCGAACGGACAGAUGGGAGGACCGCCUAUGAAUUUAGGUCCCGCAAUGGGUCCUAACAUGAUGCAGAGUUAUCAAGGAUGGGGUACAUCGCCGCAACAACAAAGUUACCCGGGAUACGGCACGCCUUCUGGGCCCGGUUCGUAUCAAGGUUGGGGAGCACCUCCCGCUCCUCAAGGGCCUCCGCCACAAUGGGGAAGUAACUAUGGAGGGCCACCACAACAGCAAGGUUACGGUUCUUAUGGACCAGGUACGGGAAGCGGUACGAAUUGGAACAGCUGGAACAUGCCACAAAGUAAUCAGUCGACGGGUCCGUCAGGGUAUCUUGCAGGGGAUAUGUAUUCCCGGCAGCAAUCAGGUCCCGGAGGUCCCACAACGCCCAACGCUCCUCCCAAUAUGUCGUCGUCGAACGCAAAUUCCAAACCGGGAUCUGACUAUUCCAAUUACAAUUACGGUUCUUAUUCGACGGACCAGACGAGUUAUGGUAUUCCUCAACGUUCUUAUGGUAACGAUGCGAGUUCACAGCUGGGAGGGUACUCUUCGCAGCCACCCAACGCAGUUGGAAACGUGUUGGCUUGAUAAACGUGAAGAGAACAUCCGGACUGGUUACACCCGCCAAACUCAAUUAUUCUGAUUAGACAGACAUAUGACCCAUCGGCAUCCUGCGUCUGUUGCCGUUAGUAAUUUGUCCGCACCUGCAUGGCACAGACAUUCAAAACUGCUUCGGUUACUGUUCCGUUCUUUCGAGUCAUUAAUAUAUAAAUACAUAAUUCUAAUUAACGAAAACAUUGAAAAAGUACAGACAGACAGAAAUGUUGACUAUUUUUAAGCACUGCUCAACUUGUUAAUAAGUAGUAACAUAAUGUAAAUCAAAUUUUUACCUCAUAACUACUUCAAUUAUCUGCCUUUGGGAUGCCUGCUCGGUUCCUUUAACGAAUGCCUAUCGAUAUGUGAUUCAUAUUGUUGUAAUUUUCAUAAUUAGGGUGAUCGCAUUUAAACUAGUUUCUUAAUUUAGUACCUACGUCUAAAAAUCUACUUUUAAGUGCAUCUUAUAAUUCUAGUCUGAUGUAACGUAUAAUUUUCCAAGAAUCUGUAGACGUUUUUGUAUAUAGAUUUAUUUAUUAGUUGAGAACAAAUUUUUAAGAACGAGUAGGCAUUCUGAUAUAUUUAAGGGUAAUAAUAAAAUUUUUAAAUAAUCGUUGUAAUUUUAAGAUCACUAUUUAUAAAUUAUUUAUACAAAUAAUAGAAAUUACUUAAGAAUUCAACCACAAGUAGAUAUUUAGGAAUAUUUUAUCGAAGUCUGGCUGUACUACUGUAGAUGCUUAAUAUAGUAUUUUAAUUUAUUUUUUUUAACAAAUACUAUUUUAAUUCUUUUAAUCGUUCGGUAGUAGAAAUUACGAUAAUUAGGGUGUUGUUUUUAUUGAAUUUUUUACGAAACAAGAAGUGUGUGUGUGUGGUUCAAUUUCUUUUAUUCGUAUUUCGUGCAAUUUGAUUACUGUCUGUCUAAUGUACAGGGUGAGUAAUUUCUCUGUCGAAUUUCUUACGGUUCGACGGCCACCUUUUGUUGGUUCGCGAAUUUUAUUGUUUUAAUUGGUCGGCGGAAGUACUAGAGAAAAUCGCAGCUAAACGACUCGGUCUGUUUAAUCGAUACCGACGUGUGCGGAAUUUGCCAACUCCCAACUGCAAUUUUACUCGUUUAUUAUUCGUUUUUAUAUAAUUAUCCCAAGGUUGUAAGUUCUACACUUUUUUUUUUAUUUAUAUUUCUUAUUCUCUACGGUAUAAUUUUUAUGUUAGGUAGACUGUGAGCACAGUAAACCUCCAUUCUCCGUGCUUUACAGGAUUUCCUUUUGUCAUCCCAUAUAUUCCCAGCUCGGAUAAUUGAGGUUCGUCUGUCACUAAAUUUACAUGACGACAACGGUUAAUGUUCGGAGUACAGUGUUUAUAAUAGCGUAAGAGUUCCAUGUCUAGUUGUGUUGUGAUAUAGGCAGUUUAAAUUUUUAAUAUUGCGCGACCUGAUCUUUAACCUUUAAGAAUUGCACUGAGUAGGCCUUGCUGCGGACGCGUUGAUAUAUUUGGAAUAAUUGUAUAAUAAAUUUAGGGUAGCGGUUAUUAAUUUACUUCCUAAUAAUAUAUCAUAGUGAAAUUAUAAUUAGAGGAAUGUAGUUCUGUCUGUCUGGGUUUAAUGUGUCUAUCUAAUCAAACGAUAAUUGAUUUUCUUUCUCUAAGUUAGUUAAAAUUCUUAUGUGACAAUCUUAUAGUAAGAAGUGAUUUCGUAUUACCAUCGUAGCCCUUUUGUUUCGGUCAUUUAAAAAAAAAGGCUAACACUCUUCGGUUAAUGAGAAAUUUAUCGUAGUCGAAUAGAGAGAUGUUGCUGUAACUCUCGAGAUACAAACGCAGGUGUACAAUGAUCUUCACUAAUAAUGGCACUCUUAUUGAUUUCUCAGUUUUUUUUUUUAUAACGCUCGAGUGAAAAUUUGGCAGUUGAAUUUUUAACAUUAAAUUUUAGCGGAGCAAAUAAUAUAUAAAGCAACUUUCCUCUCUUUUCCUUAUCCAUAUUUCCUGGGGUAGUUACAAGGUGGGGCGCGUUAUUUAUUUAUUAUUUUUAAAGUUAUCGAAAAUAGUAGGGUUUAUACUACACACGAAUAUAUUAAUAUACAUUUAUGCCGAUACCUAAGUAAAUAAUUGUUAAAGUAGUUAUACUUUAGGCAAAAUAUUACAAGAUAAAUUUACAAACUAAUAUAGAUUAAUUAAUUAAAUUGUAUUUUGUAUUACAAUAUUGCUGACGUAGUUAAUUCAAUUGUUAGAAUAAUUAUAAAUUUAAAUAGUAACUUUAGAACAAUUUGACUGAUGUACAGAGAACAUACAGAAUAAGUUUUAAACUAUUAUACAAUAAAACAUACUUUAUAAGUAUAUGAUUACGAUUAGGGCCUUUAACAUAGUGCAAUUUCACAUGUGGUUUAUCUAGCAAGAAUAGUUAUUAUGUAAAGAAAAAAAUCCUCAAAUGUUUUAAACGUAAAUUUAUAUUGUUUAGCGAAUUAUGUGUUUGCUCUUGGUGCAGGCACUGCCCGAUUUUUAUAUAUGGUAUUUGUUGCUCAAAAGAUCGUCUUAUUUUAAGUAUAAUUAAUUGAAAUCGCGUAAGCCAGUGAUCUAAUUAAAGAAAAAAUCUGUAUAUUAAAUAUAUGAGUGUGAACCUAUAGGUGUGUAAAUUUGUUUUUAAUUAAUAAGUCUAUUGAUGAGUGAUAUAUAGAUAUCGUCACAACUACUUGGCAAGAAAUUAGUUACAUAACUUGUCCCUCUUUUAACUCAUCCUUGUCUCUCCUGUUUUUAUAUAAUAUACAUACAUAUAUCGAUAACUCACUUUAUCUUCCUCGUCACUUGUAUAUUAGCUUCAUAGUAUUUUAUCACUUGCAAGCAAUUAAUAGAAAACUAUUGUUAAUUAUUGAAGUAUUGUAAAGGUCUGUCUAAUACUAGUAGUAAUUGUUAACUCGACGAGACCUGGUUUUUCAAUUUUUUAGUUAUUCGUCUAAGAAGUAGCGCAUUUUUAUUGGGGUAGUUAACUUAAUCUUUAAUAUAUUUAGCGUGGAUUUAUGACAUUAGAUUAACAAUACUGAACAAAAAAAUGUACCUAUCAUUAUCUUUCAUUAGACGAUAAUGAUUAAAUUAUGGAUCUAAUUGA